AUGAAUCGCGUAAGGUUGAUCCCUUUCGUGGUGCUAAUCACCACCUUGUGCAGAUAUACGUCUCUCUGCUUAAAGCCAAACGAUGAAAUUGCAAAUGGCCCUGUAAAAAUACAAAGUGGGAAUUUAAACGAAAGGAUAACUCUACAUUGCGGGGGAACUCAGUCUGUCCAUAUUUUGGACGCUAGCUAUGGAAAUCCGUCCGUCGAUCAUUUUCUGAUAAAAAAAAGCCCCUUAGACGCACCGCACACCCUGCCCGUUGUCCAGAUGUUAUGUGAAGGGAAAGCCAGCUGCGAUAUCCCUGUGAACGACGAAACGUUUAGAGUCCUUUCCAUGAUAAAAGACUUUCACAGACUUGUCGUAAAAUACACCUGCACGUCGGACGCGCUGGAGGAAUUCCCCACGUACAACGUAAAGGCCCAAAGAGGGGGCGACAAUACCUGGAAUGUUGAGUUUGAAGCUGAAGCGGUAAAGGAGGAACUGUACCUUCAUGUGGAGGACAUAAACGCCCUCUGCGAAAAACCGCUGCUUAGGAAAAAAUACAUAGACGUGAACGAGGCCGAGAAGGAGUGCAACGCCUUAAGCAACUGCGUUUUUAUAAUAUUCAACUCCGAUGGGUACACACUGUGUGAGUCCUCCUCCUACAAAAAUGCGACAGUUGAUAGGAGCUCCAAGGUGAGAGUUAACGAUGUGUGCCAUAUGCACGAGGGGACAGAGUCGGAUGGCAGCUUCUGA